AGAUUUGGAAGGGCGGAAGCAUGCGUGGCGAUUGUGGUUAAGCCUCUUCAGCAGGCGAUCCAGGAUGCAGAUCAGAUCUAUGCGACGAUUUUAGCCACGGCAAUAAACUCCUCUGGCGGUGGAGCUCCUCCUGGUGCACCAGUGGCUGAAGCUCAGCGUGAUGCAAUGCGACGAGCUUUCAAGCUUGCAGAACGCAACCCACGAGAAGUGGAUUUUAUCGAACUUCAUGCUACAGGUACUGCGAAGGGCGACCCUACCGAAGUUAAUUGGGUCGGAGAGGAAUUUAGUCGUGAAGAUGAAGUGCUGAUAGGGAGCGUCAAAGGAAACAUUGGACAUACUGAGAUCGCCGCCUUCCUGGCAUCACUUUCGAAAGUUAUAUCCAUUUUCCGGUCACGCCAAAUCCCUCCCAAUGUCAACGUAAAGGAGCUGAAUCCCGCAAUACAGUGGCUCAAGUAUCAAUUACGCGUGCCACGAUCUCCAACUCCUCUUCCAUGUCACUCCGCGCGUGGCCCGUUGAUUGCUAUGUCUAGCUCUGGGAUCGGUGGAUCGAACGGGCACGCCGUCCUAGAAGGACCACCGACUCGCGGGUCCUUAGAUUCUCGUGCGGAGAUCAUGGCUGCACAGCCAAGUCUCCUAGUAUCUGCGGGGCUAUCUUCUCGUAGCACGGUCGCAUUUUCGGAAUCGAUCACCAACAUGGCAACUAGAAGUGCCUGCGAAGUGCCAGUCUUGUCCACGAUCCUCGGGCGUCGAUCUCGUUCCAUGACUUGGCGCUCCUUCGCGAUUGCCGAUUCGGCGUCUUUGGGGAAACUUCAAUUCUCCUCCCCUCAGCUCUGCCCCCGCGAGGCACGUCCCGUGGUGUUUGUAUUCUCAGGACAAGGGCCUCAGCACGAGCGCAUGGGAAGAGAGUUGUUCGAACGAUUCACCGUCUUCCGUCAUAGUGUUCUAGAGAUGGACAGGAUCUAUGAGACGUUGACAGGCAGUUCGAUGCUUCGUGACUAUGGUCUUUUCGAUGGCUGUGGAUCUCCAGGAAAGCUCAAGGACGUAUGGCCAAUAUCUCUCAUCUUGCCUUCCAUUGCGAUGUUCCAAAUAGCGCUCUUCGAUCUCUUGACGAGCUUCGGCAUGAAGCCUGACAUCAUUAUCGGCCAUUCUGCAGGAGAAACUGCCAUGCUUUACGCGUCCGGUGCCGCUCCGAAGGAGAUGGCCUUCGAGCUGGCCGUCAUUCGCGGACGUGCUUUCGCGCCUCUCGAAGCCCUCGGUGGUGGUAUGGCGGCCAUAUCAUGCGGGAAGGAAGACGCAGAGGAAAUCAUUGCCAGCGUACGCUCAGAACUCCCGGACAACAUCCUCGAAAUCGCCUGUUUCAAUUCACCCUCUGCCAUCGCCAUCGCGGGCCACGACAUCGCAAUCACACGGGCGCUGGAGCUCUGUCAGACUCGAGGUGUGUUCGGUCGCAAGAUCCGCACGAGCGUGCCCAUGCACUCGUCCAUGAUGGAGCGGUGUCGAGAAGACUACUGCAGAGAGCUCCGAGCACUGUUUGAGCGGUACCCUGGCCAGCACGUCCCACAGAUCCCGACGUACUCGACAUUGACAGGAGAGAGGUUGUCCGACUCGAUCGACGCCGACUACUUCUGGAGGAAUACGCGAUCGCCCGUACGGUUCACGCAAGCGAUGGAAAGGCUUACCGCGUCGCAGUCGUGCACAUUUGUAGAGAUUUCACCACAUCCUGUCCUGGUGUCCUACAUCUCAUCCAUGGCCGGCGACGGUAGCCCGGUCAUAUCAACGAUGCAUCGCGUGAAGCCAAACAUGCCGUCUGUGGAUCACGUCGAUCUAUUGAGGGUGUGCGGUGAGCUGACCGCCUCUGGGUUCAAUGGGGUCAAUUUUACCGCACUCAACAAUCGAGCCUGCUACGAAUGCGACGUCUCCCUUCCCGCCUAUCCAUUCUCGAAGAAGAGCUACGCACUCUAUCCGGACACGCCUGGAUAUGCGAAACAGAUGGAACCCCAUCUUGGACCACUGAACCACCGGUAUCUCAGAAUCAACAAGGAUACGCAUCCGGUCCUUGCAGAGCAUGUCAUCAGAGGAGAGCCAAUCAUGCCCGCGGCGGGAUUCAUCGAGAUGGCCAUCGAGUUUGGCGCCACUGCUCUUCUGCACGUUGACCUCAAGGCGAUUUUGUCCCUUUCAUCUG